AGAAACAAAGACUCGGUCGGCUGUUUAUUUUGAAAACAUCACAACAAUGGCAACAGAUGGUCAGGUGAUCAAAUGUAAAGCAGCUGUUGCUUGGGAACCUAGAAAAGCUCUGGUUAUUGAGGAGGUGGAAGUGGCCCCACCCAAGGCCCAUGAAGUCAGGAUAAAGACAGUUGCCACAGGUCUGUGCCAUACAGACUGGGAAUACCUGUAUGAGACUGAAAAAGGGAUGAAAUCCAGACCGUUCCCUUUAGUUCUUGGUCAUGAAGCAGCAGGCAUCGUGGAGAGCGUUGGUCCAGAUGUCACCACAUUCUCACCUGGGGAUAAAGUUAUUCCUCUUUUUCUGCCAUAUUGUGGUGAAUGUGAGCGAUGCCAAAGUCCCAAAACAAACCACUGCAGGAAGAACUGGGAAAAUGCACAAGUGGGUGUGUUGGCUGAUGGCACAAGUAGGAUAUCUUGCAAGGGACGGCAGGUUUACCAGUUUCUUGGCGUCAGUUCCUUCUCUCAGUACACUGUGGUUCCCGACAUCUCACUUGCUAAGAUAAGAGCCGAUGCACCACUGGACAAAGUGUGUCUGCUGGGCUGCGGUGUCUCCACUGGCUACGGUGCUGCUGUUAAUGCCGCCAAGGUUGAGAAAGAUUCCUCGUGUGCCGUGUUUGGGCUCGGCGCAGUCGGACUGGCUGCCAUCAUGGGCUGCAAGGUUGCCAUGGCGAAAAGCAUCAUCGGGAUCGACAUCAAUCCUGAGAAGUUUGAGAAAGCCAAGGAGUUUGGUGCCACUGAAUGUAUCAACCCCAGAGAUUCUAGCAAGCCUAUCCAAGAGGUAGUGGUGGAGAAGACCGGCGGAGGGGUGGACUACGCUCUGGAGUGUGUUGGAAGUCCAGUUAUCAUGAGUGCUGCACUUGAGUCCACAACAGAUGCCUGGGGAACCUGCGUCAUUGCUGGGUGGACAGAGACAGAAACAAUGUCCGUCAUGGUUAACAAGCUCCUGAUGGGCCGCACCUUGAAGGGGACUUAUUUUGGAGGCUGGAAGAGUGUACAGGAUGUGCCUAAACUGGUGGAUGACUACAUGAACCAGAAGUUGAAGCUGGAUGAGUUUAUCACUCACACACGGCAACUGGAUCAAAUCAAUGAGGCCUUUGAACUCCUGAAAAGUGGCAAAAGCAUCCGUACUGUCAUCAGUCUGCAUGACUCUCAAGAGGAGGAUAAACCUGAAGUUGCUACCGAAUGAGUUUAAGGAAUUGUUAAUGAUAUUUUGCGUGCACCAUACAACUCUUUUUCUUAAAAGAUAUGAACGAGUACAUUUUCCCUGCUUGACUUUGUAGCAAGUUCCCACAUUUACCACUAGAUGGCAGCCUUACAUCACGUAAAAUCUUCAGCGUCUGUUUCCAUGAAUAGCAUCUAACCUUAUAAAAACAUUGCUUUUCAAACUGCAAA